AGCGGAUCUCGCACCCUCACGGCAAUGAUGGCCGUACUCGUGAUUACGCUGGACGUCGAAACAACGAAAUACGGAUUGUAAAUACAAGUGUAUGAUUAAGACAGAAGACCUCACUGCCCGGAUGGACGCUAUUCCACGUGCCUUUUGAUACCCUUUAGCUGCAUAAACAAACACUCACUCACUCUCCCUCCCUCUCAUUCCCUUCCUCCUUUCGUUUAUUGGUCUUCACAUGCGUUCUCGAACGGGAUGCACACCGCGCUGCGCAGAACAGAAGGCGUCGCACCACCCUCCCUGGCACGAGAGGCGGCAGCAGGCGGCAAUGCCAUCUCUCUGCGUGGUGACGUGGUGGCGUUGGCAGCGGUGAUAGGUGUGUGUGUGUGCGUGUGUGCAGGUGUGCAGGUGCGUGCGUACGUGUGUGUAGAAAGGGCUGCUCUCCACCCCCGCAUCCCGCCCUCUCGCCGGCUGCUGCGACGGGUGCGGAGGCGAUGCAGCCGCGACGCGCACCGCAGGUCCACUAGCUCGCCGAACAGAAUCUCGUGCACAUCGGUGUCGGCGAUCCCCACUGGGACACCCCGGAUAAAGAGGGUGCGGUGCGCCCUCUCUUCCUCCACGGAGGCGGCAGGAUGGUAGUUGCGGUGGUCAGCGCGCAUAGCAAGGUGAAAAAGGAGAAAGAGGGAUGGGGAAGGCGAGUGACGGAAGGCACGCGCCCACGUGUCCUCCCACAUUCGUCUUUCCCAUCCCUCUUUCUAUUUUCUCUUUUUUUUUAUGUCCUCGUCAUGCGCCGCCGCCUCCGCGACCGAGGAGGAGGAGAGGUGCAGGCGCACCCUCCUAAUUAAAGGAAUUCCGCCGCGCAUCGCCUUAUCGGAUGUGUAUUACAUCCUGUUCGGCGAGCCCGCGAGUCUGCCCCUGGAAGAUCUGGGCAGCAGCGGCAGCAGCGGCAGCAGGAGUGCCCUCUCCGAGGCGGCACUCCGCCUACCCAUCCGGCCCUCCCGCCGGGAUCUUCGCCGGGUGCGGCUGGUGCACCCGCCAAGGCGAUUCCGGUACCGCUGCGCCUUCGUGGAGUUCGCCACGGAGGCGGCGGCGGUGGAGGCAGAGGAGCGCCUCGAGGGCAAGGAGGUGGAGGAGUGGGGCGGGCAGGCUCUGCAGGUGGACUGGGCCGACAACCCAAUCCACGACUCCCACUGGUCGGACUUCGAUCCGCCAACUGGGAGGCCCUGCCUGUUCGCCUUGAGGCCCUGGGAGCAACGCCUCCUCAAUGAGGAGCACGGCUUCAGUCCUGCCGCUGCAUCUGCUGCGCCGCCUGUCGAUUUUGUUGGGACCACCGGAAUAGUUUGGGAGCUGCCGUGA